AUGACUUCCACCCCUCUUAAAAUCACAUACCCCAAAUCUCCAUUUUUUCUUCAUGCCUCUGAUCACCCUGGAGUCAUCCUCACUACUGUCUUAUUACGUGGCCAAUCAAAUUACGAAAAUUGGUCCAAACUUAUGAGUAAUGCCUUGAAGGCGAAAAACAAGCUUGGCUUCGUCAAUGACAACAUCAAGCAACCUACUGAUAAAGAUUCUGAUGAAGCACAUGCCUGGUCCUUGUGCAAUUCUAUGAUAAAUAACUGGAUCCAUAACACCCUAGACCCUCAAAUGCAGCCUUUCAUUAAAUGUUUCGAAACUGCGAAGGGUUUGUGGGAUGAUCUCAAGGAACGAUUUGCUGUAGCAAACGUUCCACGUAUUUUUCAACUCAAAUCCUCUCUUGCGACCAUGAAACAACAUGGUACGUCUAUUACUGAUUAUUAUACAAAGUUGUGUUCCAUAUGGGACGAACUCGAGUCUAGUCGCACUUUUAAUUCAUGUGCCUCUGGUGAUACGUGUGCCUACACUCGCUCUGUCAACGCUGAAAUUGAAAAAGACAUAGUCUACCAAUUCCUUAUUGGUCUUGAUCAUCAUGUCUAUGGGACUCUGAUUACACAGAUUCUCAACACCAAUCCUCUUCCCACUAUCAAUCGGGUUUUUGCCAUGGUUAUUCAAGAAGAAUCUCACAAAGCGAUGGUGUGUGUGGCUGAUACCCCAGCUGAUGCUCUUGGGUAUGCCUUCACCAAUUCCGCCUCUGAUUCUACUAAGCCACACAUCACAUGCACUCACUGUGGACGGUCUGGUCAUGACGUCUCUCGCUGCUACAAACUCCAUGGCUACCCUGAUCGUGCUGCUAAUGGACAUGGCUAUUCUGAUCGAGCUGCUACUGGACGAGGACGUGGACGACCUGUUCAUGCGUCUGCCAAUGCUACUCACACUGAUGUGUCUUCUAACUCUGGUGGAUCGUCCAAACCACUGUCCGUUGAUGAUCUUACUCCAUAA